AUGGCCGUUCCACCAAGCUGCACCGUUCUCGUCAUUGGAGGAGGCCCCGCUGGUUCGUAUGCUGCUGCAGCUCUAGCUCGCGAGGGUAUCGAGACCGUGGUACUGGAGGCAGAUAAGUUCCCCAGGUUAGUGAUAGAAGUGGUUUUCAAGGAGUCCUGGUCUUGCGUCAAAUACCUUGCUUGGGCUCACUCCCCUUGGCGCAGAUACCAUAUCGGCGAAAGCACGCUUCCUUCUCUCCGCCACUUCUUCAAGUUCAUAGACUUUUAUGACACUGUUGAUGCAUAUGGGUUCUACCACAAGAACGGUGCCGUUUUCCGACUCGCUCAAGCUCAGCCCGAUGCCUGCAAGUCUCCUUCUCCUGCUUACACCGACUUUCUCGAGGCAGGCGGCCCUAAUGGAUACGCCUGGAACUUGAUUCGCUCCGAGUUCGAUGACUUGCUCUUCAAGCACGCUGGCACCUGUGGCGCUCAAAUUUUUUCCGAAACCAAAGUUGACACGAUUCAAUUUGAGCCCGUGGCCAAUGGAUUGAAACCGGACAUGAAUAGGAACCUCGAAGACAACUUGAAUCCGGGCCGCUACCUCGUGGAUGCUAGCGGAAGGCAAGGUAUCCUGAGCACCAAGUAUUUAAAGAACCGCAAGUUCAACAAUAAUUUCAAGAAUGCCGCCAUAUGGGCGUACUGGAAGAGUGACAAUGUGUACGGUCCGGGGACACACAUGGAAGGUUCGCCCUAUUUUGAGGCAUUAGACGAUGCCAGCGGAUGGGCUUGGUUCAUGCCGCUACACGAUGGCACUCGCUCCGUCGGCAUUGUCCAAGACCAGAAGAUGGCGACUGAAAAGAAGCACGAGCUAGGGCGUCCUUCAACCUUGGACUUUUACAAGCAAUGCCUAGACAUGGCACCCGGGAUAAGAGAACUUCUCUCAGAGGCAGAGCUUAUUCCUCAUGUCAGAGCCGCCUGUGACUGGUCCUACACCGCGUCUACAUAUCACUUGCCGAAUGCGCGCAUCUGCGGAGACGCCGGGAGCUUUAUUGACCCCUUGUUCUCCUCGGGCGUCCACCUCGCCAUAACAGGCGGUCUCUCGGCGGCGGCUACUAUUUCGGCCUCGAUUCGCGGCGACUGUAGCGAAGCGGCGGCGGGCUCGUGGCACUCCAAGAAGACGGUCGAGAGCUACACUCGCUUCUUCUUGGCGGUGAGCAGUGCUACCAAGCAAAUUCGCACACAACACGAGCCUAUAAUCAAGGACAUGGAUGAGGAAGGGUUCCAAAGGGCAUUUGAUCUGUUCCGGCCUAGUAUGAAGUGCCCAAGACUACCAUGUACUGCUGAUGCCGACGCGGCCGGCAAAGUGUCACAACUGGAAAUCUCCAAGAUUCUCCAGUUUUGCUUCAAGGCGUUUACUUAUGUUCCGCCGGAGAAGAAAGACGCCCUGUUUGAUAAGCUUAGAAAACUUGACUCCAAAGCUUUACAGGACGAUGCGAAACAAGGUCAGACGCUUGACGGCAUAGAGAAGCAUCUUACGGCAGAUGAGUUACAGAUACUAGAGAUAUUACGAAGUAGGCGUAUGAUUCGUGAAGACCCCUUCGAGAUGGAUAGCUUCACUCUCGACACUAUCGAUGGGAUGGCGCCGAGAUUAGUACGCGGCAGUCUGGGGCUUGUCAAUUAUGAACAGGCCAAGAUUGACAAAGCUCACUUUUAUUCGCAGGACUUUUUGGAUGGCAAUUACCCGGGAAUUAGAGAGGGCAGUGUCCACUUGCCUACUUCGAGAGUCCAACUGGGAUGA